AUGCAGAAGUAUCCGAACCCCAUGAACCCAGGAGUGUUUGGGGUCGACGUCCUGCAGCGGAGCAUCGACCCCACAGGACGUCUCCACAGCACCAGGCUCCUGAGUACAGAGUGGGGACUGCCUGCUAUGGCCAAGUCUAUCAUUGGAGUUACGAGGACCUGCACCUACGUCCAGGAACAUUCUGUGGUGGAUCCUCAAGAGAAGACCUUUGAACUGCAGUCUACAAACAUCUCCUUCACACACCUGGUGUCAGUUGACGAGAAGCUGACGUAUAAACCACAUCCACAAGACCCUCACAAGACGGUGCUGACGCAGGAGGCUCUGAUCAGUGUGAAAGGAAUCAGUCUGAGCAGUUACCUGGAAGGACUGAUGGUCAAAACCAUCUGCACCAACGCAGGCAAGGGGCGGGAGGCGAUGGAGUGGGUGAUCCGCAGACUCAACUCUGAGAUCGAAGACCUGCGAGGGACGAUACGAGCUCCAAUGGCGGCCGCUGUGACGGACAAAUGA